UUUAAACCACGCCCAUUUAAUAACCCGUUACGCACAAACGGGAUCGCGCACGUAUCGGGCACUCCGGUAGAAGCAUGACACGUAGUGACGUCUAACUUGAUCGGGAGCGCGCAUACUAAGGUAGUGACAAUUUUACGUGAUGGCGGGAAAUUUUGAGAAGUUCCAGAGCCCCGGGAAGGGUAGCGGACUGCGGGCCACAAGGCACCUUGCCCUGAGCGAGACAGCGGCGUACUCGCAGCCCUAUGUGUAUACCGUGUGCCGAGGACAGAAGCGAGGAGCCGCAGCGUGUGACCAGUGCUUGCGCAGGACUGAAAAACUUCAGCGAUGCUCCCAGUGCAAAUUUGCCAGAUACUGCAAUUCAUUUUGCCAGAAAAAUGCUUGGAAAGACCAUAAAAGAGAAUGUUUGUGUUUGAAGGGUGUCUUGCCCAACGUUCCUACUGACUCCGUAAGGCUUCUAGCCAGAAUCAUCUUUAAGCUGCUUGAACAACCUGAUUGUACUUCAGAAGACUUUUGUGCAAUACAUGCUCUUCAGUCACAUGUUGAAGAACUAAAUGGAGAAAUGAGAGAAGGCCUGGGGCACCUUGCUGCUACAUUAGAGCAGUACUUGAAGAAGGAACUCCAAGACUAUUCCCAGCUGCCUCCUGGUUUCCAGAUUCUUGACUAUUUCAGCAAACUGACCUGUAACAGCUUCACCAUCAGCGAUGGAGAAAUGCAGGAGGUUGGUGUUGGCGUAUAUCCCAGCAUGUCUCUUUUAAAUCACAGUUGUGACCCAAACUGUGUGAUAGUGUUUGAAGGAACAUGCCUGCACCUCCGCACCGUCAAGGAGAUAGCAAAAGGAGAAGAGCUCACUAUAAGUUACAUUGAUGUGAAGAUGCCGUCACAUCUGCGCCAGAUGCAGUUCCAGCGCCAGUACUGUUUCACAUGUGAUUGUUCUCGCUGCCUGACAAAAGAUAAGGAUGAAGACAUGCUGGCUGGGGGUGAGGAGGCUUCAAAGCAGAUGGAACGCUCACUUGCAACACUGGAUGAGCUCCGUUCCCAGGGCAAAGAAAAAGAAGCCCUGGAACUGUGUAAUGAUCUAAUCAAAAGCAGUCCACUACCAGAUAAGAAUAUAUACCAGCUGAAGGCUCUUGAUUUUGCCAUGGAUGCCUGCAUCAAUCUUGAAAUUUGUGAGGAGGCUUUGCAGUUUGGCUUACGAACUUUGCAGCCUUACAGCAUGUACUAUUCAAAUUACCAUCCAGUACGGGCAGUCCAGCUGAUGAAAGUGGGCAAGAUACAGCUUCAUCUAGGAAUGUUUAGUCCAGCUAUGGAAACACUUAAGAAGGCUUUUGAUAUUAUGAAAGUUACACACGGAAGAGACAACUGUUUGACACAAGACUUAACAGAGCUGUUAGGAGACUGUGAGGUGGGCGUGAAAGCAACAUAGAGAGAUGGAAACUUCAGCCUUUGAAGAACAGAUUCUUGUGUGUUGUUACCAUCUUUCAGUUACCUUGCAUAAGUACUGGGUUUACUUAUACGGGUUCACU